AUGUCCAAAAUUCAUUUUUCAAUUCGCUUACGCCCCGGUACACUUAAAAGGGCACAAUUUUUCGUGUUCAGAUUUACAAUUCUAAUGAAGAUAUAUCGUCAUGACAUGUUCAAAUUGUCCAGUGGAAAGAGUUGGUCUCAAACAAAGCAUCAACUCAGUGUCUUAGAUUUAACUCUCGUUAGUGUUUCCCGGAUUGUAGAGAUGUAUGUUCACUUCACAGGAGUCCAAUGUACCCUUUGUGAUUUGGGAAAAAAGUCAUCAUGCCAAGAUUUCAAAAAUUAUCAUUUCUUGACUUCUUCUGCCAUGGACCACAAACUGUAA